AAAAAUCGUUCAAAAGAAGAAAUUUAGUUUGAGUAUUGAAUAUUUAGAAAAAAAUUAUUAAUAAUAUGCAGCAGCGUUUGCAAGAAGUGAUAAAGCAGGAUGGUUACCCAACAAAAUAUUAAAACAGAUAUAUAUGCAGUAAGAAGAGGUCGUCCUAAGGUCUAUUCGGUAAAUAAGAAUUAUCAUUGUCCUCGAUGCAAUCGAGGAUUCACCCUAAAGAGGAACAUGGUGAAGCAUCAACGACACGAAUGUGGAAUGGAGCCGAAAUACCAGUGCCCUUAUUGCGGAAAACUUUCGAAAUUUACACAAAAUCUAUAUGCGCACAUUAGAAAGUAUCAUGUGGGCCUGGGCCUUUACGUGGAGAAACUUUACUGAGAGAAAAAUAAAGCUUCCACGUAAAAUUUAGUAUUGUUUAAUUUUUAUUUGCAGGGCAAAGCAUGUGUAAGGCGUAUAAGAGAGUGUGAGAGAGAGAGAGAGAUAGAGAACUUGUUAAAGAAUAAAGAGAUCUUUAAUGUAAUGAAAAAUACUUGUACCUUGUUCUUUUAUGUAAUCGAAUGAUGUACAUGGGAAAACGGAUUGGUACGUUUUAGGGUAUUGCAGAUCUAAUGGAAUUAUAAAUUAUGGAAAACUGUAGAAGAUGGUAUUACAAUUCAGAAUGUCUUUUUUAUUUAUGUCUGCUAUCAUGGUGAUGGAUAAUCCUGUUCAUAGAUAUACCCAAGUGUCGUCCUAAUAAAAUUCUGUAAGCCUAUAAGAUUUCUGGGUUCUUUCAUACAAUAUUUCCAAUCUUAGUAAACUUUCUGUUGUAUAAUUUGAUUUUUAGAUAUAUUAUUUUCGGUCUUAGAUAUUACGUUUACUUAUUUUAAUAUUUACUCUCCACGACAAUCUGUUUCUGGUUUAUUUGGAAUAUUUCUUUCCUCUCCUAUCAUUCUUCCUUACCCAUUCGUUUCUGCUAGGUUCCUUCGAAAUCAUUA